GCCAGAACAGUCAGCAUGUCGUUGCUGACUACAGUCAACAAUGCCGUGAAACAGUGCGAUAGCGAUGUUGCUAUCGCAGAUAUGGCACUGCGUCACUGGCUAUGUGGCCACGUUAGGUUUGCGGCAAGAGCCCCUCAACCUGACUGAUUACUCCCGGAGACUGAACAUCACCUUCUCUGCGGAUUGGCAACUGCUCGGACCGUUUCAGAUCGGAACGAGGGAGGCUGUAUGGGGCGCUGACCCGUUAGAGUACUACGGCGGGUUUCGUUCCCUGGAGUACAGCGACCAUGACAUCUUCAAAUCCUCCCUAGCCUUCAAUGGCACGGUGCCGUGGAGCACACUUCGUGCCCGUCUUGAUAACCCACCGGUUAACCCAGCACUGGAUACUCGCUGGUGGACCACAUCUUCUGCCGAGUUAAACGUCGGGUUUCCCAACAUUGACUGGCACGCAUUACAGGCUGUCUACGGCUGGGCAGCACUUCAGUGGCAAGGGUGGGCGAGAGGAGAGUUGCUGGUUGGAGACAAUGUGGGUAGCGUCACCGUCGUACUGUCAGUCGAGCAUGUUCUGGAGCUCUGGCUUGAUGGGGUGCAUUAUUUCGGGGGUGACUUCUUCAGCUAUGGUAAAGCGGCAGUGACGCUGCAUCUGAAGCCGGGCACGCACCGUAUCGAUGUCAGAGUUCUUCGCGAAGUGCGAGCAGAUGGCGGAGGGCAUCCACCUAGGGCCACGACCAAGCUUGGUAUACAGACUCAAGCAGGUGUAGUCAAGGCUGUCACGCACGGCGAUCUGCUUCACAGUGCCGUUAUUUCGGACAUUUCAUACGAUAACAGUGGGUUCUUCGCAAGCGACUAUGCGUCCAUCAGCCUCCGUAACGACGCGCCACACACUGCUUACAUCCACAAGUUAUAUGGACGCACGACGCAGUGCGUAACAGAGCCACUCUCUACUUUGCCAUUGAAGUUGCUACCUGGACAAACGCGACCAGUCGCUUUUCGUAUGGGUUGCGUGCCGGAUCGGCCUAUGGUUCCAUUGGAGAUCAACUACGAGUACACCAUCGAGGGCAGCACGAGGAUCGAGAAGGGCUUCGUACGGACACGACCCCCUCUCAAAGACAUACACGCGCCGCACAAAAUCACCUACAUGCACCCUGCGGGUAUGGUAUCAUAUGCAAUCUUACGACCUCCGUCACCGAACGCGAAGUGUCCUCACGGCACGAAUGGCACGGCCCCCGUCUUGCUGGCUUUGCAUGGUGCUGGACUAGAAGCAGACAGUGAACUUGUUCGGCAUGCCUUGGAUGAAGUGUCAGAUCUAUGCGCAUGGCUUCUCUUCCCCACAGGCGUGACGCCUUGGAGCGGAGACGACUGGCAUAUUUGGGGGUGGGCUGAUGUCGAGGCUGCCAUCGCCGCCAUACCAGCGUGGAUUGAGCGGCAUGAAUGGACCGGACCAGGCGUAAACGUCAAUCACUGGCUUGUCAUGGGGCAUUCCAACGGCGGUCAAGGCACUUGGUAUGCGCUCACUCACCGGCCGGACAACGUCAUUGCCGCGGCGCCCUUAUCCGGAUACUCUAACAUUCAAAACUACGUACCCUACACGAUGUGGCGAGUAUCAGAUCCGGCCAAGUCUGCACUCGUCCAUGCCUCUCUUAACAGCUACCGGCAUGAACUAAUGCUAGAGAAUGCAAAAGGCAUCCCGAUUUUUCAACAGCACGGAAGCGAGGACGACAAUGUACCGCCAUACCACUCACGCUUACUGAGCCAGCUCAUUGAGCAGGCAGAAGCCGAGAGCACAUACUUCGAAAUGUCAGGACGUCCGCAUUGGUGGGAUGGAGUGAUGACUACGGACCCAUUGAAGCACUUCUUCCACCGCCACUUGGACGGCAACACUUCAGCCACAGCUGGUGCUCCGCCAUCGGCAUCAAGCUUUAGUAUCGUGUCCGCCGGCUAUGGCGAUAUGGGGCCUAAACUCGGAUUCGAGCCUCCGCAGCCAAGAGUUCCAGGACGCCUAGCCAAAGUUGAUGUUGCAAUUGACCCGUUGAGGCAAGAGUGUAGGAUAUACACGUUCAAUGUCCGAUCACUACGCCUGCCCCCUUGGCUCGACUUCUGCAGGUGUAUUAGCGUGGAUGACUUUUGGAUGACCGUGGACGCACCCUCUAACGGAGCCGGGUGGACUCUGGAAGCCCAGGGUCACCGAUGGCAGCUCAUGGACCCAUCGUCAGCUGUGAUACCCAAGCGGCGCGGAAGCCAGCUGGGCGCCAUGGACGCGAUACUUCGCACGAACGGCGCCUUUCAGAUCGUUUAUACCUCCCAGAAUGCGCUGCACAUCGCUCUCCAAGUCUCGCGCAACCUUUACCAAUACUACGGCGCAGACACCAUCAUCACGGACAGCUACACGGAAGCGUGUGAGCAGGCAAGCGGGAAUGUGAUCACUGUCGCCAUAGGAGGAGGUUUGCCACAAGAACUUGGCUGUUUUGACUCCAUCGUGAUCGAAAAUGAUCGCAUUCGCGUCGCCGACCACACGAUUGGGGGUGUAUAUCGCUUUCGAAACGCGCUCGGCGCCAUCUUCCUCCGCCCUCUACCCGACGAGCGUCUGGAGCUAGUAGUCUGGGGCAUGGACGAAGAAGGUCUGGACAUCGCCGCCAGGCUCGUGCCUUUAUGGACGGGAAGCGGACAGCCGGACUUUGUCGUUGGGGAUCGGAGCAUGCUCUGGAAAGGUAUUGACGGUGCAUUGGCCAUGGGCUUCUUCGACCACGAUUGGAAGGUUUCUACAAAUUCAUUUGUAAGUUAAGGUAAUCGCAUACUGUAGAAUGCAGUUACAGUAGUCCUGAAUUGAUGCGUGAGGUUGGUAUCGUACGCUACGCUAUGCACGGAAGGAUCAAUCAUAUCUCGUCCACCUCGUCAUCCUUCGCGGAAGCCUUGACCUUCGUGGUACCGUUACUGU